AUGGCUGACACUUAUACUUGGUUCGAAAGUUGUGAAAGCAAGCUUGCCGAUCCCGAGACGAGCGUGGCUGGACGAGACUAUCUCGACGCGUCGUGGGGCGGAGCGGUCACGAAGUGCUCGGAGCAUGGUCAGCUGGCAACUGCGCGCAAUCUGCAACCGUCUGUAAACAAAAAGGUUAAAAACAGAACGUUGCAGAGGCGUCGGGAGGUCCGCGUCGGCGGCAGCGGGCGGAGAUUCCGUUGGUCCAGCCGCCGCAGACCGCCCCGACGUCACUUGCGUCCAUUUUCGGCGCGUGCUGA